CUGCCGUUGCGGGUGCCCAGUUUGGCCCAUGCCUAUGCGCCGCCGAAAGAUCUGGUAUCCCUGACACUCUGGUUGCUGGAUGAUCUCUAGCUCCCCGUGCCGUGUACCUGUUUCCUGUUUUCUGUUUCCUGUGAUUCUGACUUGUGUUUUCCUGUUACCGACUCUGUCUCUGGUCAUCUCUUGUACUAUGUCUGCAGUUUCUGGUCAUCUCCUGUACUAUGUCCGCAGUCUGUGGUCAUCUCCUGUACUAUGUCCGCAGUUUCUGGUCAUCUCCUGUACUGUGUCCGCAGUCUAUGGUCAUCUCUUGUACUAUGUCUACAGUCUCUGGUCAUCUCCUGUACUAUCCGCAGUCUCUGGUCAUCUCCUGUAGUAUGUCUGCAAUCUCUGGUCAUCUCCUGUACUAUGUCUGCAGUCUCUGGUCAUCUCCUGUACUAUGUCUGCAGUC